AUUCACGAGCUACUAAUAUUUUGUUUUUGAUCAAAAUAUCUUUCACCUUUUGAAGUGAAGUAAAGUGAAACAGUUUAAUGGUCCCCUUUUUGUUCACACUUGGUAUUAUACCAAAGUAACGAAUAUUAGACAUCGGCCUACCUGGCAAUUGGCCUCAACUCAACAAAGUUUUGUCAGUUAAAACUUUAACCAUAAAAGAAGAAGACGAAGAAACCCUAAAAAGAGCUUCAAUGGCGGGAAGCAGUAGUGGGAAGCUGAUACAAGACCUUAUAUUGUGCGCUGCAAGCGCAGCAUUAAGCAUGGCUGUGUUCUUUGUUGGGCUUCGUCAUCUCGACCCGAAUCGCGAAGCUUCUAAGAAAGCUAUUGAAUCCCGCAAACACCUCUCCAAACGCUUAGGUCGCACUCUUAUUUACACCACUCCCUAUGAGGAUAUGAUAACUGGGGAUGUUGUGAAUCCAGACCACAUAGAUGUGGAAUUUGAUUCGAUUGGGGGGCUGGAUGGUAUUAAGGAAACUUUGUUUCAGCUGGCCAUUUUACCUCUGCGAAGGCCGGAAUUGUUUUGUCAUGGAAAAUUGCUUGGUCCAAUGAAAGGGGUUCUAUUGUAUGGACCACCUGGGACAGGGAAGACGAUGCUUGCUAAAGCCAUUGCCAAAGAGUCUGGUGCUGUGUUCAUAAAUGUCAAAGUUUCUACUCUAAUGAGCAAGUGGUUUGGUGACGCCCAAAAGCUCGUUGCUGCUGUUUUUAGCUUGGCCUACAAGCUCCAGCCAGCUAUAAUAUUCAUUGAUGAAGUUGACAGUUUUUUGGGCCAGCGUCGUUCAACAGAGAAUGAAAUGCUGACUAGCAUGAAAACUGAGUUCAUGGCUUUAUGGGAUGGUUUUACUACUGAUCAGAAUGCUAGAGUAAUGGUCCUGGCAGCAACCAAUCGCCCAAGUGACCUUGAUGAGGCAAUAAUUAGACGCUUUUCUCAGGCAUGUGAGAUUGGAAAACCUUCUCUUAGUGAUAGAACAAAGAUUCUGAAGGUAGUUUUGAAGGGUGAGAGAAUCGAAGAUAACAUUGAUUUUGAUAGACUUGCUGGCUUGUGUGAGGGAUACACUGGUUCAGACAUUCUUGAAGCCUGCAAGCAAGCUGCCUUUAUUCCUCUUGGGGAGUAUUUGCAAGAUGAGAAGAAAGCAGAGCAAUCACAGGCACCAAGACCAUUGUCUCAGUCUGAUAUAGAGAGAGCAGUGGCUGAAUCAAAGAGGACCAGGGUUUCUGCUAAGAAACCAACUAUUGUGAGCUUUCGGUUGGAUGAUUAUGAGGAUUUAGACUGAGACUGGCUCCAGUUGAUGACACACUUGACAUCCGUUGAAGAUAUCAUUCUUUAGGCGUGGCCCAGCCCUUUUUGAAUCUCAAUGCUCUAACCUGUUUAGGAAUUGGAAGAUAUAUAGGUCAUUUAACUUGCAUUGUUUCAAUGUUGUAAAUACCAUGAACAAGUAAGUAGUCAUUGUUACAAGGUUCAGUUUAAAUUUCUCCUCCACGAGCGUUUAGCUGCAGCACACUCAUGUGGACGCAUCCCCAUAGUUUUUUUGAAGACUAUAUCAUGUAAUAUUGUUUGUUAUUAUAAAGGAAUUGUCUUUGGAAAUA